UAUAUUUUACGUUUCGAUUUUUCAGUCACAUUUCCGAGUUCGGCGCGAGCGGUCAUAGAAAAGUAACUUGUUGCGUCUAGCAUAUAAAUAAAUAGAAAUUAUCGCGAGCCAUGUCGAAGCCAGCCCUCUAUUACGCCACACUGAGCCCGCCCUCGCGCGCUGUCAUGCUGACGGCCAAGGCAAUUGGACUUGAACUUGAACUGCGCCCAAUUAACCUAUUGAAAGGUGAACAUCUGACGCCAGAGUUUCUGAAAUUGAAUCCUCAGCACACGAUUCCCACAUUGAUCGAUGGCGAUGCUACCAUCAUAGACUCGCAUGCCAUAUGCGCCUAUUUGGUGGAGAAAUACGGCAAGGAACAUGAGUCACUGUACCCCAAGGACUUGGUCAAACGCGCAAAUGUAGAUGCCCGCCUCCACCUGGACUCUGGCCACCUGUUCGCCCGUAUGCGUUUCCUCUAUGAACCAGUUAUCUUCUCUGGCUCCACUGACUGUUCCGUUGAUAAGAUAGCCUAUGUGCAGAAGUGCUAUGAGAUACUGGAGGGCUUCCUCAAGGAUCAGACAUACUUGUGCGGCAACGAGCUGACCAUUGCCGACCUUUGCUGUGUGGCAACCGUGACAUCCGUGAACGAUGUUGCGCACAUUGAUGAGUUCAAGUUUCCCAAGGUGCACGCCUGGCUAAAGAAACUUUCGGAGCUGCCCUACUACAAGGCCACCAACGAGGAGGGUGCCGAGGAGCUGAAGGCACUCUUCAAGGCCAAACUAGCUGAGAAUCGCUCCAAGUAGAUUCAGUUAUUAAUAUCCAUAUAUGUUAUAUAGUAGCCGGCAUUAGCUGGCGUUUCCUUGGUCAAGUUUAUAAGUUUUUAACAAAUACUUUUAUUAGACUAUCUUGGGUAAAUAAAUUAUUUUAUUUACCCGA